GCUUUUGCUGCUAUUAUGGAUUCUAUCUACAGGUUUAAUAACUUCAACAUUUGGCAAAAUAAUUCAAUCUCUCUGUCGCUAGCUUACAAAGGGAAGUCUUCAGACUUCGGUCAAAUUGCAUUUGACUACAUUUCGAACAACUUAUAUUGGUGUGAUUCCCUUCAUAAAUGGAUUGCCAUGAAACCAGCAUACAGUGACAAUGAUACGAUUUAUAAAGUUGUUGUUCAAAAGGAUUUAUAUCAACCGGAGGGAUUAGCACUUGAUCCAGAGGAUGGAUUAAUGUUCUUUUCGGACAAUCAACCAACUUCUCGCAUUGAAAGAGUUUCUAUGGAUGGAAGGGAUAGAACUGCAAUUGUGUACACCAGUUUGCUACGAAUAUUUUCCCUUUCCGUUGAUGAGACCAGUAAUUUACUGUACUGGGCAGAUCACGACAGACACACUCUUGAGGUCAGCGACUAUAACGGAUUAAAUAGAAGAGUAAUCCGACGAAGCAACAACGUUCCUGUAACUGGAUUACACUAUUACCAGAAUGUGCUGCAUGUUGUAAGUGCUGAAACUAGAUCGAUAUUUGGAGUGGAUAUAACUUCAGGGUUAAAACUUUAUCAUAUAAGAGAUACGGAUCAGCCAUUUACAAUUGAUGUUUAUGACGCAGAAUCGACAAGAUCAUAUCCAGACCCCUGUUCUUCCCGAGGUUGUCAGCAUAUCUGUGUUAACACACCAACGGGAGGUAAAUGUCUCUGUGCUGAGGGAUACCUUCUAUCCUCAGACGGACGAUCCUGUACAGACCGCUCCUUCUUCCACGAAAAAGGCUUCAUCAUCAGCAAUGGAACACAUUUUGCAAUGGUGGAAGUGCAGGUUGUUAGCGGAGGAGAGAGAAGGAUUCUAGUCAUAGUGCCUUUUGCAAUUAUUGAAACAUUUGCUGUUGAUGCCACAAUGCAUCUUAUAUAUUACUUGGACAGCAGUCGAAAUGCACUCCAAGAAUUAAACCUGAUUCAUAAUCAAAUAAGAACGUUAGCCACUGCAAUAGGUGGCAAAGAUCUGAUUUUUGACUGGAUUGCUAAUCUUCUUGCUUGGAUUGAACCUACUCAGUCCAGAAUACGAGCUUUUUCUAUCAAUUCUGGGACGACUUCUGUCAUAUACACUGGUCUUCAACAACCUUCAUCACUAUCUGUUGAUGCUCAUAAUGGGGACCUAUAUUGGAUUUCGGGAACCUCAAAAAAGGAAAUACUAAGAGGAAACUGGAAUAGAAAUUCUCCAAAAGUCAUCGUGUCCCAUGCAAAUCUAAAUAAUCCGAUUUCUCUUCAAUAUGAUGUCAUCAGUCACAGAAUUUACUGGCUGGAUAACUCUAUGAUUAAAAGCUCAAUGACAAAUGGAUCUGAUAUUCAAAGCCAUGUCAACACAUACGGUGCAACACAGGCGUUUGCAUAUAAGGACUAUUUUGGUUGGAUAAAUGGAAACAAGACGUAUUUUGCCAAAAAGUCUGCUGUCUAUGCGGAGUUCAACGUAGAUGUUAUACAGAACACGAAACAAAUCGCCAUAUUUGAUACCAUUGUACAACAGGAUAGAAGAAGCAGCUGUCAAAUACUGAAUGGUGGUUGCGAUGAAAUAUGCGUGCCGUUUCAAAAUGGCCGGGUGUGUGAGUGUGAUUUUGGUCUACAGCUACAUCAAAAUUUGACUUGUAAAAGUAGUGUUUAUUCGUUAAAUUUCCUUAUUGUUUCGGAUUAUUCCCACGGUCGAAUCCUCCAGGUUGAUAUCACCACAGGAAACAUGGUUAAACUGCCAAUAAAUGUACAAAACUCACCAGGCAUUACAUUUGAUAAAUCAACAAUGGAAAUCUUUUACUCGGAACUCUCAACAAAAACUAUUAUGUCCACCACACUUCUGGGAAAGAACAAGUCGUUGAUCUAUGCCACAGGUUUUGCUCAUGCUACCCGUUUGACGAUUGACUAUUCAACGGGGAAUAUUUACUUUAUUGCUGUGGCAUCAGCACAGAAUCAAGGCUAUAUUGGAGUUGUUCAUAGAAAAAGUUUUCUUCAAAAAACUUUGUGGACAAAUCUUCAGAGUCCAAGCGAUCUCGUGGUAUAUCCAUCAAAAGGAUUUUUGUUCUGGAUAGCGACAGGGAUUGGAAAUGUAACCGAAUUAAGUAGAUCAUAUAUGGACGGUACGUUCAAAACGAAUAUUGCUACAACGAAUAUUGGAAGACCGAAUGGCCUUGCCAUAGAUUAUACCGCCAACAGAUUAUAUUGGACUGAUGGUUUAAAGAAUAGCAUAGAGUAUUCGGGUUUAAAUGGUGAAAAUAAGCAUGUUUUGACAACCGACACGGAUGCACAUCUGAUGAGCAUUUUGGUGCACGGACAGUAUAUUUAUUAUACUGCAUGGAAUCGACAAAGCAUUACAAAGCUGGACAAGACAACGGGUGUAAAACAUACUUUUAUGGCAAAUCAUCCAGAGCUUGGGAGACUCGAUAGUCUAGAUAUUUAUGCAGAUGAUUCAGUUGACGUGAACGCCAUUUGUUCAAAGAAGAACGGUAACUGCAGUACGUUCUGUUUUCCGACACCAACUGGAAGAACAUGUGGAUGUCAGGAUAAUGUUAAUUUACAGUCUGAUCAAACUACAUGUCAAGGAGUAUCACGCUGCACUACUUCUUUGCAAAAUGCCAUUUUGAUUGACUGCUUUGCAUAUCCGGAAGACACUUGUGAAUUUGGGUGCAAACCUGGAUUUAGACGUACUCUCAACGUAUCUGCUACAUGUAAUUCGUUUGGCGAGUGGACUCCAUCGUUGGCAUCUCUUUGUGCAGCAAAUUCCCAAAACUUAGUUUGCACAGAAGACGGUAUUUGGAAUCUGGAUACCAAUAACCUGUGCCGGCGUUCUACAUGUUCCAAAACAUUAAAAAAUGGUCAGCUCAUCGGUUGUCGGGCACAUCUUGGAGAAACAUGUCAGUAUAAAUGCGCCAGUCCUUUUGAAAUAAAUCCCUCCUUUCCAAAUAUUACCUGUAAUACAAGUGGGGAAUGGAGUCAUAAUACUGAAGAUUUAUGCGUACAAUUGUGUGUAUCAACAAUCCCUAAUGGAACAUUAGGGUCAGAUUGCCAAAGAGUAAUAGGAAAUAACUGUUCAUUCACGUGCGACAUGGGUUACGAAUCUUCCAUCACCUCUUCACACAUUAUUUGUACCUCAAACGGCACCUGGAACAAAAUGACUGAUGAACUUUGCAAACGUAAGAAAAUACUUUCUUUUAAUAAAUGUUAA